AUUCUGCACAAACACAGUUUACUCAACACACCACACACACGCACACACGCGCGCACACCCGCGCGCACCGGCCCCCGCGCGCACCCGCACGGAGGGCGCGAGCGAGCAGACGCGCACACCCGGCGAGCCAAGUUCCGCAGCCUGGCAUGGCUUCUGGGGACCUUUACGAGGUUGAAAGGAUUGUAGACAAGAGGAAGAACAAGAAGGGAAAAUGGGAGUAUCUGAUCCGGUGGAAGGGCUACGGGAGCACGGAGGACACGUGGGAGCCAGAGCACCACCUCCUGCACUGUGAGGAGUUUAUCGACGAGUUCAACGGGCUGCACGUGUCCAAAGAUAAGAGGAUCAAGUCGGGGAAGCAGCCCGGCACCUCCAAGCUCCUGCGGGAUGGCCGCGGCCCGUCGGUCGAGAAGCUCUCGCACAGACCUUCAGAGCCUGGAAAGAGCAAGGCGACCUCCCAUAAACGGAAGCGAAUCAACCCUCCCCUGUCCAAGCUGAAGAAAGGGUAUUCAGGCAAACCCCCCGCGGGAGGCGACAGGGCCGCCAAGACAGUGUCUUACAGGACUACCCCCAGUGGCUUGCAAAUAAUGCCCCUGAAGAAGGCCCAGAACGGGGUGGAAAACGGGGAUGCCGGCUCCGAGAAGGAUGAGAGGCACUUUGGAAACGGGUCCCACCAGCCUGGCCUGGAUUUGAAUGACCACGUCGGAGAGCAGGAUGUGGGCGAAUGUGACGUGAACCACGCCACCACGCUGGCGGAGAACGGGCUCGGCUCCGCCCUGACCAACGGGACACUGAACCUGCACAGCCCCGUGAAGCGGAAGCUGGAGGCGGAGAAGGACUACGUCUUCGACAAGAGGCUCAGGUACAGCGUCCGCCAGAACGAAAGCAACUGUCGGUUUCGAGACAUCGUGGUGCGGAAGGAAGAGGGGUUCACGCACAUCCUGCUGUCCAGUCAGACCUCGGAUAACAACGCGCUGACGCCCGAGAUCAUGAAGGAGGUCCGGCGCGCGCUCUGCAACGCGGCCACCGACGACAGCAAACUGCUGCUGCUCAGCGCCGUGGGGAGCGUGUUCUGCAGCGGCUUGGAUUAUUCCUACCUAAUCGGCCGGUUGUCCAGCGACCGGCGAAAGGAGAGCACCCGGAUUGCAGAAGCCAUCAGGGACUUCGUGAAGGCCUUCAUCCAGUUUAAGAAGCCCAUCGUGGUGGCCAUCAACGGGCCGGCCCUGGGCCUGGGCGCCUCCAUCCUGCCCCUCUGCGACAUCGUGUGGGCCAGCGAGAAGGCCUGGUUCCAGACGCCGUACGCCACCAUCCGCCUCACGCCCGCCGGCUGCUCCUCGUACACCUUCCCCCAGAUCCUGGGCGUAGCGCUGGCCAACGAGAUGCUGUUCUGCGGGCGGAAGCUCACUGCCCAGGAGGCGUGCAGCAGGGGGCUGGUGUCGCAGGUCUUCUGGCCCACCACGUUCAGCCAGGAGGUCAUGCUUCGGGUCAAGGAGAUGGCGUCCUGCAGCGCCGUGGUGUUGGAAGAGUCCAAAUGCCUCGUUCGGAGCUUCUUGAAAUCGGUGCUGGAAGACGUGAACGAGAAGGAAUGCCUCAUGCUCAAGCAGCUCUGGAGCUCCUCCAAAGGCCUGGACUCGCUGUUCAGCUACCUGCAGGACAAAAUUUACGAAGUCUGAAGGGCCCCCCGUUCGGCCGCCCCAGUGCUCAAGGGCACCUGACUUCCAGCUCUGCCCUGUGUUUCGGGAAUCGGAGCACCUGUCUGUCCCGGCCAAGGAGUUUGUCAAGGUGUCUCUUUAUGCCUAGGGUUGUGUCCAUUUCCUCGUGUCGUUUGGUUCCUCCUCAUUGGUUUGAUUUUGUGUAACAGAUGGGAAACGCAGCACACUUGGCCUCCCCUGUGUCCCCGCCCCGCCUGGCCAGAGGGCUCUCGAGGGCUGUAUCUUCCCAGGGCUCUGCCGGGCACCACUGUCCUUGCCCCACUUGCUGAAAUGCACCGUCAUGGUCCAGGAAGGGGAAGGCCACUUCCCCCGUCCUUCUGACUCAGGCUGUGUCUACACAGUGCCUCUGGUUUGGAGACUCGGCUGUCAUGGCUGUCUGGUCACGUUCAGAUCGGGUGUUGGGGGAUGGUCAAUCUUAGGGAAGUUCCAAACCAAUGAGCAAAACAAUGGUGUACACCCAGCUUCAGUCUCCUCUCCGAUGCAAACCUGUGUGACUAUUAGGGCUUGGUCUUAAAACCCAAUUGAGUGAUUUACAAACCCAGAUAUUGUACAUUUAGAAAUGUUUUGUUAAAUAUAUAUUUUUAAAACAAUGUAAGUGGAAAUUCUGAUAAUUUAUGUGUAUUAUAUGUAAAGCUAGUUUUGCAAAAAACAUAAACUACUAGGAAAAUGUUUUUUCUUUAAUCGGACUUAUUUUAUUUAUUUAUUUUUGUUUAUAUAUUGUGAUAUCUGUUGUUCACACAGAUAAACUAUUUUCAUACUGCCCUGGACCAAAUCCCAUACAAGGUUCAUGCUGUUUGGUGCAUUCUAGCAAUGAACCACACAGAAAUAAAAUUCAGGGAGAUGAAGACGGAUGGAUUUCUGUGGAUAAAAGGAAUAGCUCUACACCAAAUCCUCGAUGUGUAAAACGGUUCUCAGCUGUUAUAAUAUAAUACGAGUUGUUUAGGCUUAUCCUUAGGAGAGAUCAUGGGAGAAUUUUCUCUUCACUCUGCCAUCUUUAAGGCAAUAAAUGGUCCUGAAACAGACGCCAGUCCCGAAUUGUGUGACAUCAGGAAUGAGUGGGGUAUAGGCCCUACCUGGGGGUAGCAUAUUGUCUAGAGUAAGGCUUUUCUUUGAGACAAAUGACUGAACUUGGAUUUUGAAGUUUAUUUCUUCCACAUGGUUGGUGAUUUCUGGUGGUGGCCUUCCCGCGGGGUGGGGAAGAGUCCCUGCCCUACUGAGCUUUCUGUAGAAGGUCUGAAUCUUUUUGCUGUCAGAAGCCUGAAUGACCCGUCUUUUCUCUAGUUGUUUACUCAUGUUAAGGGAGCAAUGACCAGGCAGGAGGUCUCCUUGCCCUGGUGCCCCUGGGCUGUAGCUGUGUUCUGACGGUUAGUCUCAAGCCCCUGGAUCCGCUGUGGACAGGGAAGGGUUUGGGUCGUGGCUUUGGUUGGUGAGGAGAAAGGUAAAAACAUCAAGAUUAGAAGAGAGAUGUGGAAGGGGCGUGUUCUGUGCAAGG